AUGGCGCCUGACAGAAGAGAAGAGGCGCAUUCGUCUACCUCACCCGACACCACAGUGGCCCCAGACCCGCCGCCCAUCCAUCCUUCAUUCAUUCAGGUCGCCAAGCCGUACAUCUUCGAGCAGACCAUCCAGCAAUGUAUUGCCGCCAUGGGAGUCAACCCCCUGCGCGAGGAGUCCCUCCGUCUACAGGGAGUAACAUGGAUUGACAGUGUACGACGCAACCUGUUUCUCCCAAUCCGCACCUUCAACACGGCGGUGGUGUACUACCACAAGUUCCGACUCGUUCAUCCAGAUAACGAGUACAAUUACACAGAUGCCGCUACCGCCGCUCUCUUCACGGCCUGCAAGGUCGAAGACACGCUCAAGCGAUCCCGUGAGAUCGUCUGUGCAGCGUAUAACCUCAAGCUGCCACCUCAUGAGCACGUGGCUCCCGACAACCAGGCCUUCGACAUCCCCGCCCGGGGCAUAAUCGGCCUCGAGCGCCUGAUGCUCGAAUCCUCCGGCUUCGACUUCCGCACGCGCCACCCGCAGAAGACUCUCGUCAAGCUGGCGCGCAAGUACGGGCUGACCUCGCAGUCGGAGGUCUCGACCGUCGCCUACCGCAUCGCGCAGGAUCUGUAUCGCACCUACGCGCCCAUCAAGCAGACCACCUCGACCAUGGCGUUCAGCGCUCUGGAACUGGCGGGCCGGUUGUUGGACCAGCGUAUCCCCGAAGUUGAACAGGGGGUGGACUACGAGGAUUGGCAGACGAGUCGGGAGGAGGUUAUGGAAACCCUCCUCGACGUCCUAGAACUCUACACCCACAACCGCGCCUCCACCACCGUGGGCCCGCACUUCCCCGCGGACCGCUUCCUGACCGUCCGCAUCCCGCUCAACUCCGAGGCGGAGGAGAAGAAACUCCCCCGGUACACGCACUGGGUCGACGCGAAGCCCAAAGCGCCUCCACGCGGUCCCAAGGGCAGCAAGGCCUACACGAAUGGCACGAGUGGUGGUCACCCAAAUAACAGUCACAAUGGCAGCGCCGCCAACAACAACGUCAACGCCAACGCCGCAGUCAAACCCACCCACCCGCUUACCCCUGUCGCCGCGAACGGGGACCGCCCCCGCGCCGGCGAAAAGUACGCGGUGCGGUUCAUGUUGGAGCCCGACCGCGCGGAGGGGGAGAGGGCCCGCGUCGAGGAAUAUUUCCGGGUGGAGGUCGAGGAGUAUGAAGUUGAGGAGUGA